GAAGGCUCUGACUUCACUGGCUCAGAGCACAGCGACUGCAGGCCUAAGACAGACUGAUUCAAGGGGACAGAAAUUUAGUCUGAACGACCCCCAACUGCGGGAAGGAGGAAGGGCGCUCGUGGAAGCCUAGCGCUGCUGUCCGGAAGCCUGCACUGCCUGCGCACCCCAAGCUGAGAAACAUUUGGAGCCAGCCGCAUUCGCCAGCCCUGCGAUCCACUGUCCAGCUCAGCUCAGCCCACUCCGAGUCAGGUCCAGCGGUUGUUUUUUUCCUUCUUUCGGGUCCCCUCCGUGCUAUCCACCCACCCACCCCCUCCCACACCUUGGAGAGUGCAUUUCCACUCAGAGCUCUCCGGGCCACGCUGAGCAGCGCUUGCCCAGCGCUCUGUGGAGACCCCUUACCCCUCCAUCUCUCUUCCCUUGGCUCUCCCUGACCCAGUAGUUUAAGGAUUUUGAGAUUUUCCAAAGGCGUCAAGCUGGACGCCCCGACCACAGAAUCACCCCAAGGGGCUUUCCCAAACCCCAGCAUUAUGAGCUAUGGGGACGAGCUCACCCCCGAAGCUCUGAGUGUGCCAAGUGGGUUUGAUGAUCUCAUCACCUCCACCGCUUCCCAGGUGCUGCAGUCUAUUUCUAAUGCAGCAUCCGCGGUUACUAGCUCAGGCCGGGAUAGCGUGCUCUCCAUGAUCCAUAAGUUACCUGGCCAUAUCUCAAACAUCGGCAUCCUGGAUGACACAGCAGGUACUAUAGCUUCAGAGAUGGUGUCCCAGGAUGAGCGGGUACAGUUCUGGCUAGUAAUAGGGUACACCAUAGUGGUAUUCGCUGCUAUACUAGGCAACUGGGUCUUAAAUCAUGUGAUUAUGAAGUACAAGAAGAUGCACACUGCCACCGGCCUCUUUGUCGUCAAUAUCUCCGUGACCAACAUGAUGCUGGCUUUUCUCAGCUCUCCCUUCACCAUGGUGCGCUAUCUGUGUAAUUCCUUGGUGUUUGGGAAGAUGACAUGCCACCUCAGUCAUUUUGCUCAGUACUCUUGUGCCUAUGUAACAGUGAUGACCAUGGCUGCUAUUUCCCUGGACCGACAUCGGGUCAUGCUAUAUCCCCUGAAAUCCAGAAUUACUCCAAUGCAAGGCAAUGUUUGCAUCAUUAUCAUCUGGAUUGUGAGCACCUGUGCUGCUUUGCCACAUGCCAUUCACCAAAAGCUUUACCAAGUGGAAAUUGGAAACAAAACUGAAGAAACUGUAUGCCUCCCCAGUUUCUCCUAUACUUCAAAAUCCACUUGGAAAUAUCUUGACCUGAGUACCUUUUUGCUCUUCUUCCUCUUGCCAUUGAUGGUGCUGAUGGUUGUCUAUGGUCAUGUGGCCAAGAAAUUGUGGAUCCAUAAUGCUGUUGAUGACAUCAAUAUCCACACCUACAUUUGCCAGCGUGGGAAGAAGAAGCAAAGUCUGAAGAUGCUAAUGAUGGUAGUGCUUGUCUACACUAUCUGUUGGCUUCCCCUCAACAUCUAUCUGGUGCUGCUCUCUAGUGAAUCCAUCUCAAGCCACAAUGGUCUCUACUUCUUCCUCCGCUGGCUUGCAGUUAGCAGCUCGUGCUACAACCCUUACAUCUAUUGCUGGCUCAGUGAUAGCUUCCAUAUUGAAGUUCAGAAGGUCUUCAUGGAUAUACAGAAGAUGCUACUAAAUGGAAUCAGCCGCCUGAGAGGGGAGCACCGCCAACUGAGCUCCACCUCACCCACUCAUCCCCCUCCUAGAAUGGAUCCCAAUCCUGGGGUGCCCAAAUUCCCACGAUUCAAAGAUUUUGAUGAGCUACCCAGUCCUCCUUCAUCCCCAGAGGUGGAAACCUCCUUUCUCCACCCCACAGUGCCUAGAGUUUAAGCUGCCCAGACCGCGAUAGAUUAUCCAUCCUCAAAAACUCAGAUAGGGUGGGACCAAAAUAAUAAGUUUCAUUCAUUUUACAUUUUGGGGGAAUGGAGGGAGGGGUUGGAAUUUGAGGGAUGGGAGCUAUGUGAGCCACCAUAUGUGUCUUACUUGCUUUUUCAUUUUCUUCUGUCUUCUCUCCUGUUUCCUUUCCAACAUUUUCUUUCCCCCAACCGUAAGUAAACUGAAGAUAUUAGAUCUUCAGACUCAUCAGAGAUGUUUUUACAUAACUCAAAGGAAAGUUACACUAUGACUUGGGUCUCCUAUAUUUCAUCUCUGAUUUAGAGAUUGUUCCCUUCUCCAUUUUUGUGUGCCCACCUGGCCAUGGCUCUUGUGUUCUGACAUCUUAGACAUUGUCUCAGAGCCCCCAAAGAUUACUUACAUUUAUUUAGAUGAACAAGAGGUCAAUGUCCAUAUUGUGUCUAAAAUUUUCCCAGAGAAGUAAUGGAAGAGAAAUCCAGUUUCUAAAUUUUAAUUGGGUUCUUUAAGAUCUUAGAGCUCCCUAUAAGUGCAAAUAGUCUUAUCUCCUCAUGGAAGAAUGAGAAUGAGAAACUUUACAGGAAAAGAUAAGGCAGUUAAAUGGUUCACUCUACAUCACCUGGGUUAUUUCUCCAGAAUGCAAAUACAAUAAUUUGAUGAUAGCUUUCUUUUAAAUCCAUUGACUAUUCAAGUGCUCAAGUUAGCACUGCAAAAUCCAAAACUUCUCCCUGUUCCUUGACUCCACAUUUAACAUACCUUAUCUAAUGUAAAUUUAUACAUCUCUUUUUCUGGAAAAAAAGAAAGUGUAAUGUGUUCACUGUUGAUUUGUUUCCAUCCCUCUAGCCUAUGAGGAUUUCAACUCCAGAGAGAUGAGGAGGAAGUAACUAUCUGCCAUCGCCUUUCAUGUGGAGACAUUGUUAUUAAGGCUCUUUGAAAGGUAUAACUGUGUGUGUCAGGAAAAUGCCAUGAUGAGGAUGUGUUUUUUCUCCUCCUCCCCCCGAUUCCCUCCCUACUCAUAUCCUUGUCUGCCCCUUUUCAUUUCCUUUUCUCCCCCUCUAUCUUCUCUCCCUGGCACCUUCUCCUCUUCUACUUUCUCUGUUCCACCCUUCUCCUUUUCCUUCUGUUCCUCCUCCACCUCCUACAAAUUCCUUCCUUCCUUCCUCUCACCCUCUUUCCGUGUCUCCUUUGUUCCCCUCUCCUCCUCUUUCCCC